AUGGCCUUAUACUCUAACGGCGGGUUUGGUCGAGAGCGAAAAGACCAAGAUGCAUAUUUCUUUGCGGAGGUUGCAGCGGCUAGAGGACAAUCCGUGGCACAAGAGUCCGCUGGCUUAUUCACCUGCAACCUUCCUGACGCCCAAGAAGCAUAUACCUCCAAGGUCGCGAGACUUCUUCGUUUGUCAACCCAGGGGGAUCAAACUUCUCCUCUCGCCAGAUCAUGUCUCGACGGGGAUAGUGCCGCAAUGGCGAGACUUAUCGACUUAUCGCUGGAGGCGCCAACCCGAAUUCACGAUCACCGGACGGAAACACGAUUUUCCAUUGUCAACUUGGCGCCGACGCUAAACCAAGAUCUCCAUCCCCAAUGGCCGCUUCAGCUUACUGGUACAUCAUUGUGUAUGGCCAUUCAGGUAUAUAGCUUGCCUGCAGUUAAGACCUUGUUGGCUCUCGGAGCGGAUGCACUUGCGCCUGUGUAUUCCGAAAAGCAGUACGAUCAAACCGACCUUCGAUCCUCUUGGACUUCGUUGCACAUAGCUGUGCAAUAUCACUGCCCUGAUAUCCUCGAAGUCCUUUUGAAGAGCGCUCCGCGUAAGAGGACCAUGGCCUGCAUCAACACAAACCCUUUGUCGAUAGCUCUUUGCUUUUCGUCAACCCUAGAGCGGCGAGCGAUGCAUGGUGCCAAAAGCAACCAGAACCUAAAACGCACCAUCGAAAUCAUCCAAAGCCUCCAGCCCUUAUCCAUAACCGCAAGCAAGGGGAUCACGACAGCACACUAA